AUGUCGACAGAAGCUCCCAAUCCUCGCGUUGGUGUCGCCGCGCUUAUCUACUCCCGCGAUGGCAAAUUCCUCACUGGCAAGCGGACAGGUAGCCACGGAGCAGGCACUAUCCAACUUCCAGGCGGUCAUCUCGAUUACGGCGAGAGCUUCCUCGCCUGCGCCGAGCGAGAGACUCUCGAAGAAACAGGCCUUCAAAUCCGCGCCAUCAAGGUCGUGGCUGUAACGAACGAUGUAUUUGAGCAGGAGAAGAAGCACUAUAUUACCAUUUUCGUCCGCUGUGAGAUGGUAGACGAGAAUGCUGAACCUCAGAUCCUUGAACCCCAGAAGUGCGAGGGCUGGUUUUGGAAGAAUUGGGAUGAUCUGAAGAAGCUUCUUCCGGGGGCGUCAGAGAGCGGGGAGAAGCUGUUCUUGCCAAUGAUCAACUUGCUUGCGCAAACAGCUAACCUGGAUGAAUUGAGAUCCUGA